UUGAAUUUGAGUUUCUGGAAUUAUAUAUGAGAAUGGGGUAAAGUUUUGAAGAGUUUCAAAGAGGCUAUGGGCUGCCGAGCUAGAGUGGAAUAUAGGGUAGCGGAGGACCUUAAUUCCAUCAAGUCUAUGCUAUUGGCUAUUGCUUCGAGUUCAAGCUGGAUAUACGUUAAUGAUUUAAAAUUGACAUUUCGUUGCAGCAAUUACCAUGUUUGUCGAAAUUACAUUCCCUUUAUUCAGUGGUCUCCUUGGAUUUUUCAGAGGAUUUGCUUUUGCCCCAACAACAUAUUUUCUCCCUUGCAUAAUGUGGCUUGCCUUCCAGACUGCGAAAUUGUUGUAUUCAACAUUGCCAAAGUGGAACUUCAGACAUCCCAAAAACAAUUUUUUCCCACCAACUCUGAGUUGUGGUCAUGGGAAACCUUCAGUGAAGACAUUUCUUCAUGGACAGGUGAUACAACUCUCACAGUCAUUGGUUUCUUAGAUCAGUUGAACAUCACUAUAGACCCCAAUGAUUAUCUACGGUACACCACCAGGUGAG